GGUUGGAAUUGAUUGGUCAAAGGUACUACCAUCACACUCCAUCGUCGCUCCAUCGCAAACAAAAGCAUGACCGAGACCGACAAGAAACUCGCCAAGAAGCUGCGCAAGGAGCAAAAGCGCAAGGAGGCUGCCGAAGCUGCUGCUACUGCUGAAGCGACGCCUGCCGUCGAGAAAACUGCCGCCGACGACGACGUCGUCGAGUCCAAGAAGGACAAGAAGCAAAAGAAGAAGGACAAGAAGCGCAAGCACGCCGCUGACGAGCCAGUCGCGGCGGCGGUCGACGAACCAUCCUCGUCCAAGAAGGCCAAGGGAGUUGCCGUGGACUUUUCGAACGGUCCGUUCCAGCAACCGCCGCCGUCCGACAAGUCGUUUGUCAAGUCGUUUUACGUUGAAAGUGCCACGACCGCCGCCAUGACCGACGCGGACGUGGACGCGUUCCACCAACGACACCAAAUGAUCAUGUCAGGCAAUGACUGCCUGUACCGCCCGCUCUUGACGUUCAAGGAAGUCAACUUCCCCAAGCACAUGAUGACAUCGACGACGGGGUUUGCGACGCCGACGCCGAUCCAGUCGCAGUGCUGGCCCAUCUUGACUUCUGGCCGCGAUAUCAUUGGGAUCGCGCAAACUGGGUCGGGCAAGACACUGGCAUUUGCCAUCCCUGGGCUAGUGCACAUUGCCGACCAGGUGAAAAAGAACGCGAGCAUCAAGGGUCCGAUCAUGCUGGUCGUGGCGCCGACGCGCGAACUCGCCAUCCAGUGCGCCGACGUGAUUGCGAUCGCCGGGAACGCCGCGUCAAUUUCGUCGAUCUGCAUCUACGGCGGCGUGCCGAAACACGAGCAGAAGCGGCAGCUCAAGGCGGGCGUGCACGUUGUGGUGGCGACCCCCGGCCGGCUCAAGGACCUCAUGGAAGAAAGGGCGUGCUCGCUCAAGCACGUCACGUACUGCGUGCUGGACGAAGCCGACCGCAUGCUAGACGACGGCUUUGAAAAAGAUAUUCGCGUGAUCAUUGGCGGGUGCCACCCCGAGCGCCAAAUUGCCAUGUUUUCGGCCACGUGGCCACAAUCGAUUCAGAAACUUGCUCACGAAUUCCUGACCAACCCUGUCAAGGUCACGAUCGGGUCGGAGGACUUGUCUGCUUCUGCCAACGUGACGCAGAUCGUCGAAGUCGUCGACGAGUUUGGCCGCGAUGCCAAGAUCGAUGGCCUUUUACGCAAAUACCACGCGAGCCGCAAGAACCGCGUACUUGUGUUUGUCUUGUACAAGAAGGAAGCGGUGCGCGUGGAGCAGAUGCUGCAGCGCAAGGGAUGGGCAUGUACUGCGAUUCACGGCGACAAGGGCCAGCAGCAGCGCAUGGAAGCUCUGGAUGCGUUCAAGUCGGGCCAGAUCCCGCUGCUGAUUGCCACCGACGUGGCCGCGCGCGGCCUCGACAUCCCCGACGUCGAGUUUGUGCUCAACUACUCGUUCCCGUUGACGAUUGAAGACUACGUACACCGCAUCGGCCGGACCGGGCGCGGCGGCAAGAAGGGCAUCUCGCACACAUUCUUUACCAACUUUGAUAAGCCCAAAGCAGGCGAGCUCGUGAAUUUGCUGCGCGACUCGAACGCUGCCGUGCCCGACGAACUCACGAAGUUUGGCACCCACGUCAAGAAAAAGGAACACAAACUGUACGGCGCGUUCGCAAAGAACAUUGACAUGACGAAGAAAGCCACCAAGAUCACGUUUGACGAUUAAUAAUAUUUGUAUAUACCGGGUAUAUAUAUAUAUAUAUAUAUAU